AUGCGCCUCUCGAGAGACAAACAGACGCCACCCCCACCCCGGGGCCAAGCGGGAACCCGUGGGACCGUGACCGGGUCUCCAGAUCCGGACGGCCGGCUUCUGGGGGAGGACACGGUCCCCGCCUGCGUAGGCACCGCGUGGGGGCACGGGGCGCGGCACCACCCAAGGCCCCUUUGUGUGACUAAAUUUGGCAAGAAUAUGAAUCCGAGCCAGUCUUUCCACGUGUGCUCCCAGCUCCCAGCUGAGAAGGCCAAGGGUUCUCUUCCGGGCAACUGCAGUACCAAGGGAGCCCGUGGAGAUGAACGGAGAACAAGUGCUCGGGGAAAGUGCCUGACUGACAGGAUCGACAUCCAAUCCCCAGAAAACACGGCGACUCAGGCACAGCCAAGCGUGGAGUGGAGCAAUUUUCCACUGGUCCAGCUCUAUGUCCCUUUCCCGCAAGUGGAACCCACAGCAACGACCUCUCCUGCUAUCUUCAGACUGCCAGUUCUCUCUCUGGGACAACAGCACGCAACUGCUGUCUCCCGAACCAGGUCAGUUCAUAUCUCUGCUCUGCUGAGAGUGCCCCAGCCAGUCUCCCCUUGUCAGUGGUCCACAACCCUGCGAUCUGUUCUCGCCAGUCUUCUGGUGCCCUUUGCCUACCGUUCCCAGCCAAACAAGUCUCCUUAUAGUUCCUCAAAUCUCAGGCAAGUUCUUUCCCUAGGAUGUGUGCACAGAGUGUGUGCUGUCUGUGCAGUAACCUUUCCCAGAUCUUCCUGUGGUUUAUCUCUUCACGUCCUUUACAGCUGGCUCUCCAAACGUCCCUUGUUGGCAUGGUUCUGAUUAUUUGCCCUUGUAGUCCCUCCCCAGUCGUGGUGCUCCCUAUCCUCUUUUCCUGCUUGGUUUGUAGUACUUAUCAUCAGCUCCUGUAUGUUUUAUUCAUUUAUUAACUGACUAUCUUUCCCACCAGCAUGUAAUUAAUUCCCCCCAGGUAAGAGAUUUUUUGCUGUUUCCUUCAUUGCUAUAAACCUAGCUACCUAUUUGUUGAAUGAAUGAAUAUCCACAAAAAAAUACAGGCUCACAAAUCAGCAGCAGAUGGUACCCAACACUUUAUCACUGUUAAAGUUGUGAUCCGUGAAAUGGGUAUAGUUUGAUAUUUGUAAGUAAUAAAUUAUAUUCUAAGUGAAUCAGGGAAGCUGUUACUGGAAGGAAUUUGACAGUUUUUAUAGGGGUAAAAAUUCCUUUUUGAAAGUGCUGAAGUAAAGCUAGGCAUGAC